UUGUGUUGUCUAUCAAGCUUAACAAAUACUACCUUCGUCCCAACUCCCAAUAAAUUCUUCCAAGUUUGACUUGGCUCGCAAAUUUAGGAAGUGAUAAUAAAAUGAAAAUUUAUGAUUGUAGUUGUGUAAGAAAAAAAUUAAUAAAUGUGAGCCACACAAUUUUUCCAAAAAGGUAAGUUGGAAUAAUUUUAUGGGACGGCCCAAACGGGAAAGUUGGAAGAAUUUUAAGGGACGGAGGGAGUAAUACCAAUUAAUUUCUCCAAAAUCACUUAAAAAAAUUAUUUGUAUAAACCAUAAGCAAUACCAAAUAGUCCUCAAGUCUUAAGUAUAUCCAUCAAACCAAAUACUACGUACUUCAAUAGUUCAAUCAAACAAAAUAAAAAACCAAAAUGUCAUUUUCAUGUGAGUCAUACUCCAAUAAGAUUUGUAUGCGUAUGUUCAUUAUUACGCCUAUACAGACUUGGACCAGAAGAUGUUCCACCUUCCUCUAGUUGUGCCUUACACGGCCAGCAAAGCAGCACACACUUGAGGUUUAAGCGGGUCCCACGCCAAACCCACAUUUUUUUUUUACUUCCCUUCAUGAUUUCAUGGAGUCAAUAUCUUAACCUGGUAAUUUCAACAUCUAAACCGUUCAUCAUGACAGUUAAAUAUCUUCAAUUUGACUUGUCCUUCUCCACAAGUAACGCAACUUAUUAAUAAUUCCAAGCACGCAACUCCAUCAAUGAACUCGAAACUGUUUCGUGCACGUUGCCAUUGGGCCGUCUCCCUCACGCGGCGCAGCCUGCGCGUGUGAAGAGCACAGGCGUUUUAGUUUGUGCUUCUCUGAGGUAAGAGGUAAAAGGCUGAUAGCAAUGUUUGAAACAUCAGCCACCACGUAGCAACAAAAUCCAAACUCCCUUCCACCACUCAUCAUCCUCCACGCGCCGCCUCCAUCCACCGUAGCAAUGGGUGCCACAGAACAUGAGGAAGAAAAAGAAGCAGAGAGGGGAGAUGGAGUCAGAGAUGUGGAGAAAGGGGAGAUGGGUUUUGAAGGAGAAGACCGGAGCAACACCCACCACCGCCCACCGCAGCAGCCGCCGCCGGCGACUCAAGAUUUCCACAUGGCAAGAAUGCAAAGGCUUAGUGCUACCAAUCCUCUCAGGCUUGUUAUGGACAAUGCCGUCAGAGUUGCCUCGCCUUCUCCUGCUUCACAGCCGCCACGGCGUUCUCAUGCUCAGCCGCCUCGCCCCUCUCCUCCUCCACUUUCUCAGCCGCCUUUCACAUCUCCGCCGCCACCGCCGCCUCACCCUUCAUCCACUUCUCCGCCUCCAUCUUCUCAGCCACGUUCCAUCCCAACCGUUACGGUUGCCCCCCUACAGCAACCUUCCUCGAUUACACUGAAUUCAAGAUCAUACACAAACAAGUUUUCAUUGAUUCUGUUUCUUGUGCAUCUGAUUGGGGCAAUUGGGCUAGUGGGGUUUCUUGUAUAUAAGGGAGUUCAAGGCCUAUUAGAAGCAGGGGAAGCCAAGAUAACGGAGGAAAGACUUUUAAAGUAUUUCCUUCCUCAAGUGGAAGCUGCAAGUUUUCUGAGCAUAACCCUUGCUGUCUUAUGGCAAAAGGGAUUCCGAAUGUGGCCUAAAUUCAUGGUCCAUUUCAUUCUUUGGAGCUCUUUUAUCCUCACAUUAACAGCCGGGAUCCUCCUUAUUUGUUGCCAAAGACCGUCCACGGAUGGAUUAGGCGUCCUUUUCAUCUUCUUUGCAAUUGGGAACGGGCUGUAUUCAUGUUGGGUCACACCAAGAACGGGCUAUUUCUGUAAAAUAAUGAUCAAGGCUCUCGACCCGGUUCCUAAAUUUGGAGACCUGAAUGAACCGACUUAUUGGAUGCUUGGAGCGGGGUUUGUUUGGAUGUCAUUUUGGGUUUUGGCCAUUGUAGGCGCCAUAAACUUCUACUUCCCCCCACUGGUCAUCAUUUUAAUGGUAUUGAGCAUGGCUUGGAUCACUGAGGUGAUGAGGAAUGUGGUGAACUUGGCGGUUAGUAGAGUGGUUUCCCUCUAUUACCUUAGGGGAAUGCAAUCGCGUACCAAGUUUUGUUUCCAAAGAGCUUUGUCUAACAAUCUCGGGAGCGCUUCCCUUGGUUCCGUGUUUGUACCUACUAUUGAGGCUCUUAGAGUCGUGGCACGUGGUUUGAAUUUGUUGGAGGGGGAAGAUGAGUUCAUGUUUUGUUGUGCUCGUUGUGGACUCAAACUCAUGGACUCCAUCUUCAAGCGUGGCAAUGGUUGGGCGUAUGUUCAGAUUGCUGCUUAUGGAAAGAGUUUUGUGAGAGCAUCGCAAGACACAUGGGAGCUGUUCCAGAGGCGGGAGAUGGAGCAGAUUGUGGAUUCUGACAUGACCAGUGCUAUUUGCUUCCUCACCGGAAUUUGCAGCGGCUCCAUCUGUGCUAUCGUGGUGGCUGCUUGGACGGCCGCCGUCUACCGCAACUUCACUGCCACCCUCUCCCUCUUGGCCGCCUACAUUGGGUACCUUUUGACAAGGAUUGCGAUGGCGGUGCCACAAGCUUGUGUGAGCUGUUACUACGUUUGCUAUGCCGAGAAUCCCGAGAGUCGGCUUUUUGACAAGACGAUCGAGGAUCGGAUAGCAAUGAUUAAACAAGGGCGAGACUUGGUGGCGCCUACCCCUAGGGUUCCUGGCCGCUUUGCAAGGCAGUUCAGAUAGCAUGCAAACAAUGUUGUUCUCAUCUCUUGCUCCUUUAACCCACCCAAUGUGUACAUAGCUUUGUUCAAUGGUGGGUGGGUGGGGAAGAUCAUCACAAUGAAACGUUAGAGCAAGGCAAAUAAUAAGCAUUGGAUUCUCUUCCUCCCCCUCAUUUUGUAUUUAGUAUCUGUGGAAUUACAAUAAUUGGUUAACCCUAUGUAUUUUGUUUUAGUUAGACUAGUUCUACUGUUAUUGGUGUGAUCAUUAUUGUUACUAUUUAUUCACACAUUGAUUCAUAUUCUUCUAUUUUUGGUAAUAGUAAUUAACCAGGUUCAGCUUAUGAAAGAUGUUCCGUUUUGGCGUUUUUGUAGACGUUUAACGGAGUGUGAAUAUUCUCUCCUACUUGUUUUUUUUUUGGCAAAAUUCUCUCCGACUUUUA